AUGACCACUCAGUCUCUAGGGCCCAAAAUCAAUAUCCAGCUCCCCGUUGGAUGUUCUGAAGAUCUAUUUUCGGGGUUAACAAAGCUUUUGAGUAAUCUCCGGACUGCUAGAAAUGUUCAAGUUUACGCCUCCACGAAUGAUUCCGCCACUGGGUUGCUGCAGCAAAUUCGGUCUCUAUCAGCGAUUCUUUCCGAUACAGGCAAUACCCGCGAGGCCGACACACUCACAGAGGUCAUAGCAUUAUGCACUCUUGAAACGGACUUUGGUGGACUGGGUCUCACCCCGGAGAUGGCGCUGACAGCAAAAGAUGAGACAGAAAUCCUGUUUCUUGUUGCAGCCUGGAUGGAAUCUCUCAACUCAGCAGAUAGGGCCAAAUCCCCCCGACCACAACUGUCAUCUCGACCAGAGGGUAGGAGGGCGAUGACCCUGAGCGAAAAAAUCUUUGCGGACCAUGAUAUUCAACAAAGGGGCUUUGUGAAGGCCGGUGACUUGAUCAGGGUUGAUGUUGAUUGGGUGAUGGCGUCUGAAGCGUCUUGGGCUGGUAUGGAACGAACAUACGAGAAGCUCGGAAACCCUGGGAUUUUUCGGAAUGAUCGAUUUUGGCUUGCUGGGGAUCAUGUUGUUGACCCGCGAGUCAAUACAGUGCCGAAAGUCAAACACCUGAUUGACGCCAGUGAGAGAGCUAAGCAUGUUUUCAAAAUGACAGAUUACCAAGGGAUGAACUAUACAAUCAUGCACACGGAAUUUUUCCGGCAGCGGGCGCAGCCAGGCAUGUUAAUCAUUGGCUCGGAUUCCCAUACCUGUUCCUCUGGUGCGCUUGGCUGCCUCGCCAUCGGAUUGGGGGCUGCUGAUGUGACAAUGCCUCUGGUGACUGGCGAGACGUGGUUCAAAGUUCCCGAAAGCGUGAACAUCCGUUUGAUCAACUGUCCACGUAACGGAAUUGGAGGGAAGGACACCAUUCUUUAUAUUCUAAAAGAACUGAAGCGGAAUACUGUUGCAGCUGAGAAGAUCGUGGAGUUUACUGGUCCAGGAGUUCAACAAUUAUCUUGUGAUUCUCGUUUUGCGAUCGCCAACAUGACGACGGAAUUUGGGGGCAUUACGGGUGUCUUUGUUCCAGAUCAAGUCACCUCGGACUUUGUCAAUCGACGGAAGUCUCCACGGCACAAGAAGUCUUCAAAAUAUUACCGCCCUGAUGAAGACGCAGUAUAUUCAGGAACUUACGAGAUUGAUUUGGCCAAGGUUGAACCCUUUGUCGCACUUUACCCUUGUCCAGAUGAUGUUGUUCCAGUGAGCCAAAUCGCGGGAAAGCAGCUGGACGGUUGCUUUAUCGGUGCAUGCACUACUGCCGAGGAAGACCUGUUUUUGGGGGCUUUAAUACUCGAACAAGGUCUCAAACGUGGCAUGAAGCCGGUGAAGUCAGGAAAACGAAAGAUUGUUCCAGGGAGUAUGCCUAUUCUCAACAACCUCCGAAAAACCGGCAUGGUCGACAUAUAUGAAGCCGCAGGGUUUGAGAUUGGAAUACCGGGAUGUAGCUACUGUGUAGGUAUGUCGGCGGAUCGUGCUGGCCCUGGGGAAACUUGGCUUUCCUCCCAAAAUCGAAACUUUGAGAACCGUAUGGGUAAAGGAUCCUUCGGAAACCUCGCUUCAGCAAUCACGGUGGCAGCUUCAUCCUUUGAAAUGAAAGUCACCGAUCCAAGGCCUCUUCUCAAUUCCAUCGAGCUUGGCAGACUCGGUGAGAUUAUGGGACAUUCAAAAAAGUCCGAAGAAAUUGGUGAUGAUCUGUCCUAUGUUGAGCCUGGUGGUCUGUGUGAGCCUCCAAGUGGACAGGAAAUGGAGCAGAAGACCGAGCGAAAUGCGAACGGCGAGGAUUCCUCAGCCAAGUCCCCGGCAAAUGAAAUAAGGAGAGGUAAAAUCCAGCGGCUGGGGGACUUCGUUGAUACCGAUGCUCUUGCCCCGGCAGAGUUUCUGGUUUCCUCGAGGACGCCCGAGGCCAUAGGAUCGCAUUGCCUUGAAUUUACCAACCCCAAGUUUCGAGAUCGAGUGAAAGAAGGGUAUAAUGUUGUGGUUGCAGGUGAAGCAUUUGGCUGCGGGUCUUCAAGAGAACAAGCAGUGUUAGCCCUCAUGGGCUGCGGAGUGACCUGCGUGAUUGCUAAAUCCUUCGCCUUUAUUUACGCACGAAAUCAGCCUAACCUUGGGCUACUGGGGAUUACUAUGCAAGAUGAUUUAUUCUAUGAUGCUGCCGUGGACGGCGCCGAGAUCACUAUAGAUCUUGAUUCGCGAGUCAUUGGUGUGGGAGGAUAUUACUAUUCCUUUACGCUGAGUCAGAUGGAGGAGGAGCUCAUUUCAAGCGGUGGAAUUACAGCAGCCUUUCAACGAUUUGGGAAGAACUUGUUUGAUGUCAUGUGCGCCGCAAAGCCUAUGCCGGGACAUACAAACAAACUGGAUGUCGAAGGGGAUGCAGUAAAUGGAGCCCAGAUUUCGCUGGAAUGGUGA